AUGAGACUCCUAUCAGGCCAAGAAGCUGGAGAACUAUCAGGCCAAGAAGCUGGAGAACUAUCAGGCCAAGAAGCUGGAGAACUAUCAAGCCAAGAAGCUGGAGAACUAUCAGGCCAAGAAGCUGGAGAACUAUCAGGCCAAGAAGCUGGAGAACUAUCAAGCCAAGAAGCUGGAGAACUAGCAAGCCAAGAAGCUGGAGAACUAUCAGGCCAAGAAGCUGGAGAACUAUCAGGCCAAGAAGCUGGAGAACUAUCAGGCCAAGAAGCUGGAGAACUAUCAGGCCAAGAAGCUGGAGAACUAUCAGGCCAAGAAGCUGGAGAACUAUCAGGCCAAGAAGCUGGAGAACUAUCAGGCCAAGAAGCUGGAGAACUAUCAGGCCAAGAAGCUGGAGAACUAUCAGGCCAAGAAGCUGGAGAACUAUCAGGCCAAGAAGCUGGAGAACUAUCAGGCCAAGAAGCUGGAGAACUAUCAGGCCAAGAAGCUGGAGAACUAUCAGGCCAAGAAGCUGGAGAACUAUCAGGCCAAGAAGCUGGAGAACUAUCAGGCCAAGAAGCUGGAGAACUAGCAAGCCAAGAAGCUAGAGAACUAUCAAGCCAAGAAGCUGGAGAACUAGCAAACCAAGAAGCUGGAGAACUAUCAGGCCAAGAAGCUGGAGAACUAUCAGGCCAAGAAGCUGGAGAACUAUCAAGCCAAGAAGCUGGAGAACUAUCAGGCCAAGAAGCUGGAGAACUAUCAGGCCAAGAAGCUGGAGAACUACCAGACCAAGAAGCUGGAGAACUAUCAGGCCAAGAAGCUGGAGAACUAUCAGGCCAAGAAGCUGGAGAACUAUCAAGCCAAGAAGCUGGAGAACUACCAGACCAAGAAGCUGGAGAACUAUCAGGCCAAGAAGCUGGAGAACUAUCAAGCCAAGAAGCUGGAGAACUACCAGACCAAGAAGCUGGAGAACUAUCAGGCCAAGAAGCUGGAGAACUAUCAGGCCAAGAAGCUGGAGAACUAUCAAGCCAAGAAGCUGGAGAACUACCAGACCAAGAAGCUGGAGAACUACCAGACCAAGAAGCUGGAGAACUAUCAGGCCAAGAAGCUGGAGAACUAUCAAGCCAAGAAGCUGGAGAACUAUCAGGCCAAGAAGCUGGAGAACUAUCAGGCCAAGAAGCUGGAGAACUACCAGACCAAGAAGCUGGAGAGCUAUCAGGCCAAGAAGCUGGAGAACUAUCAGGCCAAGAAGCUGGAGAACUAUCAGGCCAAGAAGCUGGAGAACUAGCAGCAGCAGGGGAAUGGGGGGCAAUAGUUUCCCCCUGA